GCCUUUAGCGUUCUCCUGUUCCCGUCUUUGAGGAGGUAAACAUUGGAAGGCCACGUGUGCGAAUGCACCGUAAACCUGUACGUGUCUCCCUGUAUCAACACAUAGAACAUUGUUCCCUUGUGUCCCUCUUUAUCAUGCUGUUGCAGACACAUGUAAAGGGCAUCCUAAAAAAAGAACGAUACUUUCCGCCGUGGACAGACCAGAGUGCUUCUGCUCAACGACAUGGAGAGACUGGAGAAGACUCUGUUUCGCCUGGAGCAAGGCUUCCAGCUCCAGUUCCGAUUAGGUCCAACUUUGCAGGGGAAGAAUGUGCACGUCCACACCAAUUACCCUGCACCAGGGCAAAAAUUCAACAGGUGUGAGUUUCGUGUCCUCGGGUGGAUCAAGCCCAGUGGGAAGGAGGAUGACUCUGACAAGUACUGCAAACUGGACCUUGAGAUCGCUGGCUCCUACCAGUAUUACUUCGGCUGUGGGAAUGAGGAGAAAACUGGUGGUGGCUAUUUUGUGGUGGACCCCGUGCUACGAGUCGGCCUUGAAAGGACGGUUCUCCCUUUGGACAGCAUCACCUCACAGACUUACCUGGCUAAGUGCCUCGGGCCACUGGACGAAUGGCUAGACCGGCUCAGAGUGGCCAGGGAAACAGGUUACAAUAUGAUCCACUUGACGCCACUGCAGGAGUUGGGUGAGUCACGUUCCUGCUACUCGAUUGCUGACCAGCUGAAGCUGAACCCAGAUUUCUCCCCACCGGGAAAGAAUUACACAUGGAUGGAUGUGGGGAACCUGACAGAGACGAUCCGGAAAGAGUGGAACAUGGUUUGCAUCACAGACAUCGUGUACAACCAUACAGCAGUUAACAGUAAAUGGCUCAGACUCCAUCCUGAGUGUGGCUACAACCUGGCGAAUUCUCCACACUUAAAGCCAGCCUGGAUACUGGAUCGGGCUCUCUGGCACUUCAGCUGUGACAUUGCCAAUGGAAAAUACCGUGACCGAGGCCUACCAGCUCUGGUUGAGGAUGAGAAGCAGCUCACUACACUCCGUGAACUCCUGUGGCAGGAGGUUUUCCCUCAGCUGAAGCUCUGGGAGUUUCUCCAGGUGGACGUGGAAAGAGCCGUGGAGCAGUUUAACAAUCUUCUGCAGGCCAAUGGCAAACCAGCUGGGACAGAACUGGAGAUCAAACGCAAGCUGAAGAUCAUACAGGAUCCACGGUUCAAACGCUUCGGCAACACGGUGGACAUGAACGCUGCGCUGGACAUGUUUGGCAGGCACACGAACGGCCUAUCAGCGAUACAAGUAUGCUGUGAUGUGUUUAAGAAGAGUUUGGAGGAGUUGAACAUGGAGUGCUAUAAGGACAUGUACAACCAUCAUGAGAAGGCUGUAAACUGCAUAGUGGAGACUAUGAGAUAUGAGCGUCUUGCAGCAAAUGGUCCCAAACUUGGCUUGGUGACCAAAAAACAUCCUUUGGCACCGAGAUAUUUCACCUUCCCAUUUGAGGACAUGCCAAUGGAGAAGGAGGAACUGCUGCUUCAGAAUGCAGAUGAUGCAUGUCACCUCCAAGCUCACAACGGAUGGGUGAUGGCGGAUGACCCUCUCAGGAACUUUGCAGAACCAGGCUCUAAUGUCUACUUGAGGAGAGAACUAGUCUGCUGGGGUGACAGCGUGAAGCUCCGCUAUGGUGGUAAACCCGAGGACUGUCCCUAUCUGUGGGAGCACAUGAGGAAGUAUACAGAGAUAACAGCUAAACACUUCUGUGGUGUACGGUUGGACAAUUGCCAUUCCACACCUCUACAUGUGGCUGAGGCAAUGUUAGCUGCUGCAAGGGCAAUCAGGCCCAAUCUGUACGUGAUAGCUGAGCUGUAUACCGGUAGCGACCAGCUCGACAAUACCUUCGUUAACCGUCUGGGGAUUACGAGUCUCAUCAGAGAGGCAAUGAGCGCUGGGGACAGUCACGAGGAAGGCAGACUGGUGUAUCGCUUUGGCGGAGAACCUGUUGGUUCCUUCAUCCAGCCCAACCUAAGGCCUUUGGUUCCAGGCAUAGCACAUGCUAUGUUCCUUGAUGUCAGCCAUGACAAUGAGUGUCCUGUCCAGGUCCGGUCCGUGUACGACUGCCUCCCCAGCUCUGCAAUUGUGUCUAUGGCGUGUUGCGCCACAGGCAGUACUAGAGGAUAUGACGAGCUGGUUCCUCAUCAGAUUUCAGUGAACAUGGAGGAGCGUCUGUACCCCAGAUGGAACCCAGAUGCCCUGCCUUCAUCUCCUGGGGAGGUGAACCUCCAGUCAGGAAUCCUGGCAGGGAAGCUGGCACUCAACAGGCUUCACCAUGAGCUGGCUGAGAAGGGUUUCACACAGGUCUAUGUAGACCAGCUGGAUGAAGACAUUGUGGCUGUAACCAGGCAUUGUCCAAUCACACACCAGUCUGUUGUGACUGUAUCUCGAACAGCUUUCAAAAACCCCAAAACACACCAGUACAAGGAAAGACUGUCUCCCAUGUUCAUACCAGGCCAGAUAAAUGAGGUGAUCCUGGAGGCUCGUACAGUUGAGAGAGACACUGGCCCCUAUGUGAAAGAUGAGAAGUGCAUAAACGGCAUGCCUGAGUACACGGUGGAGCUCAAGGAACAACUCCAGCUUAAAGACAGCCAAGUGGUGAAACAAGGAGAUGCCACAACAAAUGCUGGCAAUGAGUUUGUCCAGGAGAUCGUGUUUGAUCGUCUCACUCCAGGCAGCGUGAUUGCUUUCAGGGUGAGUCUGGACUCAGAAUCUCAGGACUUGGUGGGCUUCCUGCGUACUCAGCUCUAUCAGUUUAAUCGUCAGUACAAAUUGGGCAGUCUGACCGACCCAGAUGUUCCUGGCAUCCUGAAAACUUCCCUGCAAUUUCUCAUCUCUAAACUGUCCUUGGCUGAGCUGAAUGUCUUGCUGUACCGCUGCAAUGAUGAGGAGCGGGAAGACAGUGGAGGAUGCUACAAUAUCCCAUCCUGGAUGUCCCUAAAGUAUGCAGGUCUUCAAGGGUUCAUGUCAGUACUUUCCGACAUUCGGCCCAAGAAUGACCUCGGCCACCCCUUCUGCAACAACCUGAGGCAAGGCGACUGGAUGCUUGACUACAUUAGCUCUCGUCUCAUGAAUAAAGACGGCGCUCUAAAGGAGGUGGGGAAAUGGUUCCAUGCCAUAUUUGCCUACCUAAAGAGAAUCCCACGCUACCUCAUUCCAUGUUACUUUGAUGCCAUCAUUGCUGGGGCAUACACUACAGCUAUGGAUGUUGUCUUCAACAAGAUGUCGAGAUUUGUGCAGUCUGGUUCAACCCUGGUGAAGCAGUUGGCAUUGGGCUCAGUGCAGAUGUGUGGUAUGGGUCCUGUGCCUGCUCUCCCUGCUCUUUCUCUAGCCCUGCAGGAUGUUCCGCAUCGCCUCAACACAGUCACCAAGCAGAAUGAGCAGUGCUGUGCGUCACUGGCUGCAGGUUUGCCUCAUUUCUCGUCUGGGAUUUUCCGCUGCUGGGGCCGAGACACGUUCGUAGCCCUGCGUGGCCUCAUGCUGGUCACUGGAAGACAUGUAGAGGCAAGGAACAUUAUCCUGGCCUUUGCUGCUACUCUAAGACAUGGCUUGAUCCCCAACUUGCUUGGUGAGGGCACAAAGGCUCGAUACAACUGCCGGGAUGCCGUGUGGUGGUGGCUGCAGCGCAUCCAGGACUACUGCACUAUAGUCCCCAAUGGUGUGGACAUCUUGUCGUGCCCCGUGUCACGCAUGUACCCUACAGACGAGUCUGAACCCCAGCCUGCAGGCACUCUGGACCAGCCUCUGUACGACGUCAUCCAGGAGGCAAUGCAGCGCCACAUGCAAGGCAUUGAAUUCAGAGAGCGGAAUGCCGGGCCACAGAUCGACUGCAACAUGAGAGAUGAAGGAUUUAAUGUUCAUGCAAAAGUAGACCCAGAAACAGGCUUUGUAUAUGGGGGAAAUCGAUUCAACUGUGGGACGUGGAUGGACAAAAUGGGUGAGAGCGACAAAGCAGGGAAUCGUGGGAUACCGGCAACGCCUAGAGAUGGCUCUGCAGUGGAGAUCGUGGGUCUUUGCAAGUCCACUGUGUGCUGGUUGUCCCGUUUGAGUCAAAGUGGUCACUUCCCUUACUCUUCCGUCAGUGUCCAGAGAGAUGAUGAAUCUCGCACUGUGUCGUACGAGGAGUGGAACCGUAGGAUCCAGGAUAACUUUGAGAAGAUGUUCUAUGUGUCACCUGAUCCAGAGGAAAAGCAUGAAAAACAUCCAGAGCUAGUGCAUAAAAGAGGCAUUUACAAAGACACCUACGGUGCCUCCAGUCCCUGGUGUGACUAUCAACUCCGGCCCAAUUUCACCAUCGCCAUGGUGGUGGCUCCUGAGCUGUUUACACUGGAGAGAGCAUGGGCAGCUUUAGAGAUUGCUGAGAAGAAACUGCUUGGGCCACUGGGCAUGAAGACUUUAGAUCCAGAUGACUUGGUUUACUGUGGCAUCUAUGACAACGCCCUGGACAACAGCAACUACAACAUCGCCAAAGGCUUCAAUUACCACCAAGGACCUGAGUGGCUUUGGCUGGUCAGCUACUUCUUAAGAGCCAAACUGUACUUUGCCAAGCAAAUGGGCCAGGAGGUAUACAAUCAGACUGUGAUUCUGGUCAGAAACAUUCUCUCAAGGCAUAACGUCCACUUGGAAAGAUCUCUCUGGAAAGGUUUACCCGAGCUGACCAAUGAGAACGGACAACACUGCACUUUCAGUUGUGAGACACAAGCUUGGUCCAUUGGCACGAUUCUUGAAGUCCUGUAUGACCUUUGCGAUCCUGAGGACUUGUAGAUUUGUUGUUUUUCAUCUUAACAGCAGGAUGGAUGUCCUGUACAAGCCACAAAUGAGCCGUGAACUCUUUUCUUGUUCUUUAACUUCCUCAUUUCAUGCUUCAGGAACUAUCUAGACCCCAGUAAAACAAACGUAGUCCGAAUGUAGCCCAUUAACCAAGACGUGUCUGCUCUCCAACAUUUGCUUCAAAGAACUGAAGUAUCUCCCAACCAAACCAACCAUAAAUCCUUGGCCGUACAUGCUGACUGAAGAAGUAGAUCAAAUGUAAUCUACUGUAAAAGCAAGAGUGUUUAAUAAUAAGCACAUAAAGUCUAAUGAUAUAUGAUCGAGAUGGUGACAAGAAUUCUAAUAAGAAUAAACAUCGAAUAAGAGUAACAUAUUGCUGUAUGAAUUUUUAAUUGAACAAUAUGGCUUCCACACUCAUUAUUCAGAGGCUUAUAAAAUAGCACUUGAUCCAACACGUUAAAUAUCUCCUUUUAUUUUAUGUCUGCACAUCAUCCCAUGUGUCCAUGGGAUGUAGGCUGUUUUUCUGUGACUUUAGUUGACUAUUUCGACAACAAUACUGUGCACGAAACUCCCAAUUUACAGUAUAAGUAAAUAUACAUUACAUUUUAUGUAAUGUAUAUUUAAGUCCCUUACUACUUUAGUAGUAUUAAGUCCCUUACUACUUUAAAUAACGACAAGGUUUCGGCGUUAAACACCGCUUAAUGUCUACAAAUGAUGUAUGCGCGGUAGUCUCGAUCUUAGAGAAGUGCCAUUUUAGAGGCGGUCCAAACAUCAUGCUUGAUUGGAGUGUGUUAAAUUUUAAUCUCCUGGGAAAACAAAACAGCAUCAUGAAAAAUGGUCCAUGAUAUUGCUUCAUUAUUUGUUUUUUUUUGUAGUGUAAUCAAAUUGUUCUUUUCUUUAUUUAUUUUUUGCAUGGAAUUUGUCUUUUUGCUGUUUGUUCAAGCACUAUAUUAACUUUUCUUUUUCUAUUUGUGAUGAUACAGUCCUCACCUCCUAGUCCACUAAUGACUUGGAAUAAAAAUCUGAUGCAAACUCAUGCAUCUGCUCAUGCUAA